CAGCUGCUUCCACUGGCGGGGCAGCUUCCGGACCGGCACAAACUAGAAUUCGCCCCUCUGGGGAGUUUUCUCUGCUGGCUGAGGCGGAGCGACGAACUAAGAAGGAAUUUUUUCCCGACGUUCGAGAGAUCCAGCAGCCGGUAGAGCGCUUAGGCCAGCAAAGCAGCAAAUCCAGCCUUCCUGCAGGAUGUAAUUUACCCCCCUCCUCGUUUCGCUUGGCCGGGGAACGCGAGCGGGAGCUGUCCGAGGUCCUGCAGGCGUACCAUGGUGGAGACCCUGACUGUGGCCGUCUUGGGGGCUCCGAAAGUCGGCAAAACGGCCAUCAUCCGCCAGUUCCUCUACCACGACUUUACAGAGAGGUAUAGCCCCACGGAACGCCGCUACACCUAUAGGCCAUCGGUCAUUUUCAACGGGCACAUGUAUGACAUGAAGGUCCUAGAUGUUCCCUAUAUAACGGCCUUCCCUGCAAACAGUUCUCAGGAAUGGUCAGACCUCAAGAGCCGGGGGUUGAGGAACACGGAUGCCUAUGUGCUGGUGUAUGACAUCUGCAAUCCUGAAAGCUUCGAGUAUGUGAAAAUGAUCCGUCAGCAGAUACAGGAAAACAGGACAAGCAGCACCAAUGAAGCACCCAUCAUCGUGGUGGGGAACAAGAGGGACCAACAGAGGCAGCGUUUCACAUCACGACGGGCCCUUUCAAUGCUUGUGAAAAAAAGCUGGAAAUGUGGCUACAUGGAGUGCUCGGCCAAGUACAACUGGCACAUUGUGCUCCUCUUUAAGGAGCUGCUGUGCAGCGCUUUGGCCCGGGGCUGCAAGAACAAUCACUCCACCAUACGCCUGCAGGGGGCGCUGCAUAGAAACAGGUGCAGCCUUAUGUGAGGAGAUGUGCCCCUCCUGGCGGCAAGAGGUUCAUGUACUCUUCUAAGGGCUUGGGGUCAAAUCCAGAUGGCCCAUCGUGUUCACAGUAGCCACAUGAAAAGGCUGUGGAUUCACUGCUGUUCAAUAAGGCUGCCUUAUUGGGAGACGAGGUUUGUAAUGCAUUUCAGUAGGGUUUGUUGUACCAGAGAACCCCCCAGUGUUAAUGAGCAGAGAGGGUGGGUGAAGAAUUAUGUUUCAGGUUUUCAUUUCGAGUGUUACGAUAUUUCAGGCUGGCCCUGUGCAUGAAUCCAAAGAUCCACAGAGUUUGAUAGGCGAGAUAUGCUUAAAAUUGCCCACCUUAGACCAAGGGGCCACCUUCUUUACCGAACCCUUUUGCACAGUGACACCCUCCCUACCCAAAAGAUCACGAGCAAGGCAUGAAGGCAACAGCUUGCCCCUCCUGCUCCUAGCGUUCAGCAGGCAGACUUUCCCUGAGCAUGGAGGCACUACUGAGCUAUCGUGGCUAGGGAGCGCCUGGCUGGAUCCAGUCCAGCAGCCUGUUUCCAGAAAUGCCAAGCUGCCUCCUGGAAGUCCUCAAACAGAGGAGGGUUUCAUGACCUGAUCAUCAAAGCACCACAAACCUCAGUGGAUUGCAGCCCAUGGAUUUCUAAGUCACAAGCACCCUCCAGCAUUUGAGGCAAUGCAGCUCAAAGUGCAGGCUGUGGGCAAAGGGCAUAGGACUGUUCGAUCUGGCUGGUCUCUGCUGGGAACAGGAAGCUGGAGUCGAUGGCCUUAUCCAGGCAAGCAAGUCUUGUGACGGCUCUGCCGUUGCUUUAGGGCAGCGCUGGCCCAAUCUCUUUGCAGUUGGAGGUGGGCAAACCCCGUCCUACUACAGGGCCCAAGACACUCAAGCACACCCAAUUCCAGGUACUGCUGGAGGUCUCCUGGCCAUUCCAAUGGGGCUGAAGCAGGAGAACUUCCCAGUGUGCAUGAGAGAGGCUCUCCCUGGCUUUCGUGUCCCUGCCCAAUCAGGAGCUCCAGCUGUCUUUUCUCUCUCACACACAUAGGCGUGAGCAGUAUCUGUGUCUUUGCAUGCUGCUGUGCAACACCUCGAAUGCACGGGCUUGAAUGAGGCAUGCAUGCAAAAUACAUGACCUUGUGCAGGGCCCAUGCUGCAUGGCACUGGCUGGGUACCACAAGGUUACUAGGAGCAAGUUGUCACGCACAACAGCUUCAAGAAGCCAUGAUGAGACUGGGAGUUGUGUGAACUCCCCAAAAAGAGAUCACACAGAGGAAGAGCUAUGACGGGAGAACCUCUUUCUAAGCCAAGAAAGAAGCCAACGCUUGCCCUUGCAGAAGUCAGAAAAGGAAUUCAGCCAGCAGGGACUUCUGCCUUCUCAGGAAUUUAUCACAGGACGUGCCACAUCCACAAGUGCAGUCCCCACAAACCGACUGGGAAGGAAAGCUGCACACUGAUCUGUGUACUCACAAUUGCAAACAUGGGCAGCAAAAGCCCUUUCAGCCACUGGGCUGCAUCAAAAGAGUGGGGCAGGAGGAUUAAACAGCUCCCUGCCCCAGAUAACCAUCCCCAUUUUUUUUUUUUAAAAGAGGGUGAUUUUUCUAUUCCAAUAUCCCACAAACUUUCCCCUGAAGGCUGGGCAAUUUUACUUCCUUUUGAUUAAAAAGACAUGAGGGGCUGUUUUCUUCACCUCUCAUCCCUCUACCAAUCCUUCUGCCCGUCUGCUCCAUGGAAGGCACUGGGCUAAGGAACUUCUCCGCAAUGUCUAACACUAGCUGGAGGCUGCAUCACCUGUGAGUUUACCCAGGGGCAGCGGUCGUUUCAUGGAAAAAGAGCUGGAGGAACUCAUUAGCAUAACUGAUUUGCAUAUGCCACACCCCCUGACAUCACCUAUCCUGGCUGUUUUGGACCCAAUCCUGGCCAUUCAGGGCCGAAAUUGGACCCAAUAUGGCAAAAAGGGGCUGAAAAUGGCCAAAAAGGGGACCAAAAUGGUCAGGAUUAGGCCGCUGCUGAGUGGGAGAGUGAUCCAUCACCCGUCAGAGGCCCAAUCUGGGCUGUUUCACCCCAAUCUGGGCCGAAACGGGCCCAAAUGGCCGAGAGUCAGGUAGGUGGGGCCACCUGACAUGUGACCUCUUUGGGGAACGGCCGGAACGGCGUUCCUGCGUGUUCCCCCUCAAAAUGAGCUCUGCCCAGGGGUAUAUGCCCCUCCCCAGCAAUGUCAGAAGGGCAACUGGUGGCAGGUGCCCCUAUGGAGCCCAGUAGGGUUUGGCCCACAAAAACCAUCAGGGAGACCUAGUGAUCCUCACACCUAUCUCUGUUGAAAUGCAGUUUAUCAACAUCACUGGUCCAACCUUCCCAAAAAUGGCAGCAGCAAGGCCACUAAGAGAUAUUCUUAAUAAUAAUAAUAGUAAUAAUAAUAAUAACUCUUAUAUACUGCUCUUCUAGAAAGAUUAGUUAGUGUCUCACCCAGAGCAGUGAACAAGUUAAUAUUAUUAUCCCCACAAUACAGCUGGGGGACUGGGGCUGAGAGGAGUGGCUUACCCAAGGCCACCUACUGAGCUCAUGGCAGCAGUGAGAUUUGAACCAGCAGAGUGCUGAUUCACAACCCAACCACUUAACCACUGUGCUACAGCAGCUCUUCAUCACAGCAACACACAAAGCCGCCUUACGCUGAGUCAGGCUGUUGGUCUAUCAAGGUCAGCGUUGUCUGCCCUGACUGGCAGCAGGCCUUUGACAUCACCUUUUUGACCCUUUUCACGGGAGAUACUUGGGGUUGACCCUGGGACAUUCUGCACCCAACGCUGGGGCUCUACCACUGAGCCUUUCCCCAAAGAAGUAGUUCUGGCAAAUAGCAGAGGAUGGUUAUUAUUUGUACAUCACAGAGAGAUUAUGUGAAACUAAGUUUCAGUUCAGGGCUAUUUAUCACAAGCGUGUAACCACCACCUCCCAAAUGUGGAUGUGGACUAGAAGUCCAACCAGGCUGAAAUGGGGACUUUCUGCAUGUUGAGCAGAUGUCCUACCCCUGAGCCACAGCCCUGCCUCAAGCCUGCCCAGCCUUCUUGAAUCUUGUGCCCCUGAGCCAUUUUCCCAACAGAAGCAAGGGGGAAGUGAUUACCACGAACAGCGGCACGAACAGAACAGUCCCCAAUCCAAAUCAACCCUCUUACACAUACCUUUGGCUGCUUUUUCCGCAGAGGGAGAUUCACUUACAGACCCAACAAUAUAAUGUGUCGUUUGGUCAUGAGAAAAUAUACCAUCCAGUUUCAUAGGCCCAAAUGAUAACUUGCCUAGGCAAAUUACCUAGUAACCCAGUGACGCGCACACACACACACACACCCUUCCCUUUC